CAGCAACUUCGAACUAACCUCUUUACAACGCGCUUCAUUUCGCUCGGGUCUGAACCGGUUCCUUCAAGACCCUGGUCUAGUCCCUCCUAUUGACGAGAAGAACAUCUCAUUGCUCUCUAUUUCCAGUGGGAGCAACCGUGAUUUCAGCUUGUGGACGAGCAACUUUUCCGACAGAGCUUGCGCCAGGAGGGGCGAAAUUGUAGUCCAUUGCCGCUCCAUUGUAUCCUGGCUAUGGGCGCUCGCUACUCGGAGAGACUGGAAUUGCGCUCCACGCCGGACGGCCCGAACACUGCAGGCGAAAUUCUCUUGGAAGUUGCCGAAGUACUGCUUAAUUUUGAUCUCCGGUCCCCGAGCAUCACCACCAUCCAGUCCCUUGGCAUCAUAACCAUAUUUUACGUUCUGAAAUCUAUUGUUUGGUUGAGGCGAUCGGGUCUGACUCUAAGGGCUGGCUUCGCCAUUAUCCGCUUGGCGCUGGAUAUGGGGCUGAAUCUAGAUUCUGCGACGCUGGAAAGGACUCAUCAAUUUCCCGAGGUCGAGAUCAAGCUCCGCAAACAAAUAUACUGGUCACUUUACUGUACCGAUAAGCUCUGGGCAAGCUACACCGGGCGGGUCUGCACCAAGUUGGACUCCCAAUAUUCGGUGGAAUUGCCCCUGUCAGGGGUUGCGUUUGACGAUUCCAAGCCUACGCAGAUGCUUCCAAUGCUUCUCCACUCCCUGUCCACCCACUGCCAGAUCCUUGGGGAGAUACUUAUGAAACUUUACGCUCCGGGUAAAUUACCGCCUGGUAUUCAAAGAACCACAUUCUUUGACUCAUGUCUGUCCGAGCUCAAAAGCUGGAGAUACCACCUGCCCGUGGCGUUGUUCGAGGCGAGGACUCCGGCGCAGAAGUUUGUCUGAAUGUGAAAUGGAACCAAAGAUGGGUUUUAUGUUGAGAGAAUCAUUG